GAGCAUAUCUCGAACCACCGGAGACGGACCUGAGAUUUACCUGAAAAGGGAAGAUCUUAGCCAUUGCGGGUCCCAUAAAAUCAACAAUGCUCUCGCUCAAGCGAUGAUUGCCCGGCGGCUUGGGUGCAGCCGUGUGGUGGCAGCAACAGGAGCCGGUCAGCAUGGGGUCGCCACGGCGGCUGCUUGUGCGAAGUUCUCCUUAGAGUGUACUGUUUUCAUGGGAACCGCUGAUAAAGAGAAACAAUUCUCUAAUGUCCUUUCCAUGAAAAUGCUUGGUGCUCAGGUGAAAUCAGUGGAAGGAACGUUUAAAGAUGCGAGUUCAGAGGCAAUUCGAAAUUGGGUUGGAAACCUAAAAACCACAUACUAUUUAUCGGGGACAGUGGUAGGACCACACCCGAGUCCAUUAAUGGUACGCGAGUUUCAAUCCGUGAUUGGGAAAGAGACAAGAAGACAAGCAAACCAACUAUGGGUUGGUAAGCCUGAUGUGUUAGUGGCUUGUGUGGGGAGUGGCUCAAACGCAUUAGGAUUGUUCCAUGAGUUUGUUGGGGAUGAGGAUGUGCGACUGGUUGGAGUCGAGGCUGCAGGAUUCGGUUUGGAUUCAGGGAAACAUUCAGCUACUUUGGCUGUUGGAGAUGUUGGUGUGUACCAUGGCUCCAUGAGCUACUUGUUGCAAGAUGAUGAAGGACAGAUACUUAAACCACACUCCGUAGGAGUAGGGUUAGAGUAUCCCGGAGUUGGACCAGAAAUUAGCUUUCUCAAAGAAGCCGGAAGAGCAGAGUUCUACACAGCAACAGACCAAGAAGCCAUUCAAGCGUGCAGGCUAUUGAGUAGAUUGGAAGGAAUAAUCCCAGCAUUAGAACCGUCUCACGCGCUGGCGUUCCUCGACAAACUUGUUCCUACUCUACGCGAUGGUGCCAAAGUGGUAGUGAAUUGCAGUGGCCGUGGUGACAAAGAUCUAGACACUCUCAUCCAACGAGGCUUGCCCUCUUCUCUUUGUUGACUCACCAAGAUGCAAUCAUAACCAGCAUUAUGAAUGAUAUAUACAUAUUUUUUUCUCUAUAUUUUAUUAUCAAAGCACUAUGAAUGAAAUAAUAAGACAUCAAUCAUUAGCUA